GUCACUUCCGGCGGGAGCGCAGCUGCACGGAGGUGUCCGGACGCCGGUGUGGACAGCGGGAGGCCAUGAAGGGGGACGCGGGCCCGCUCGUGCCCAUCCAUUGGAUCGGCUUCGGCUAUGCAGCUCUGGUGGCCUCCGGGGGCAUCAUUGGCUACGCCAAAGCAGGCAGCGUCCCCUCCUUGGCGGCCGGGCUUCUCUUCGGCGGCUUGGCAGGCCUGGGGGCGUACCAGCUGUCUCAGGACCCCAAGAACAUCUGGGUCUUCCUCGUGACAUCCGGAACCUUGGCCGGCAUCAUGGGAGUGAGAUUCUACAACUCGGGGAAGUUCAUGCCCGCCGGCCUGAUCGCGGGGGCCAGUUUGCUGAUGGUGGCCAAGCUCGGGAUCAGCGUGUUGAACGGGACCCACCGGUCCUAGGCUUGUCCCAGCGCGGACUCCUGAAGACGGGUUUAAGGUCCGCAGUUUCCCGUGUGUCGAGAGAGGUCAACGCAGCGUUUUCACCUUUCCCGGCAGUUUCCAUAAAAGGGACAGAAGCUUAACACGACACCGACCUUUACAGGGGCAAAGCCCGUUCCUGUGGCAGCCCUGAGUGGGGGUGGGUCCGUCCAGCCGGUCAGUGCAUCCCUCCUGCCGCCUGCCCUGUCCGCAGGUACUGUCCUUAUAGCCUGGCAGGAGCCAGGGGCGGCAGAGCCCCAGGUGUCUGUGUGGGCUCUGGGCCCCCACACCACCCCCCUCCCAGAUGGGUGAUGCGGAAGAAAUGUAUUCGGGAAUCACUGUCCCUGGGCUAAUUUUAGAUCACAAACCUCACUUGGAAAUUGUUAUAUGAAAAUAAAGUUUGCUAUUAAAACGC